ACUAGAAUUUGAGAUGGUUCGAAGACGACUUUCUCUUAAUCUUUUGGUCUAUUCGCUGAUCUCAAGUAUUAGCCUCAUGGUGUACUUGCAGCGCAACUCCGUCAAGAUCCAUAACUACACAUUCAACAUAAUUAACCUUGUCAAUAAUAUCAAGGCUUACCCCGACAGAGGCUAUAUACACAAACUAGAAAAACUUUUCAGUGGUUUUCUGGUUCCUUGCAGUUCAGUACAAUCCUAUCAACAUACGCAAGGAGAAGCGAUAAACUUAGGACUUGUUCUUAUUAAUACAGGACUUCCGAGUACUAGUCCAGAUUUCAGGUCGGAUGAGUUUGUUUAUAAAUCAGUCCGUAAUCUGAAAGGUAUCCUUGCACUAACUGGAGACAGACCAAUUCAUUUUAUUAUAGUGACUAACCCCAGUAGUGGAAGUUGGGCUGGACAGAUAAUAAGUUAUUGUAUCACAAGAAGAUUAUCCCUGGACAUUAUCCAGGAAAGAUGGUUCAGAUGGAGAAAUAAAGAUAGAUUACCACCUUUAAAAUUUAGUUUAGUUGACUCUGAAGAGAUUUUAAAUCUGAAUCCAGAUUUUAUCCAAGGAUUAUUUGAUAAUAGAGAACCAUCAACAGCUGAGAAGAACAAGUAUUCCUCCACCUUGUUCUAUGUUGCUCCUUUGUAUCACCUGGCGUUUAAAUCUCUAGAAAAACUGCUCGUCAUAGAUUCAUCAGACCUAGAGUUCCUUGUAGAUAUUGCAGAGUUGUAUGAUGAGUUUAAUGAACUGGAGAAGGAUAAGAAGGCUAUCAUGUCAUUAGGUUUGGAUCUAGCGCCUCACUACUAUAACCAGUUGGGGAAGUAUAGACGCAUUCAUCCAAACACGGAGAUCGGAAAACCAGGAAGGUUUCAGGGAUUCAACACCGGAGUAGUUCUCUACAGGCUAGAUAGGAUGAGAGAAAGUGAAAUCUACAAUAAGUUCCUUUCAUCAGACAGGGUUUCCUUUCUUACCAAAAAGUUUAUGUAUAAAAUAAGUUUAGCAGAGCAAGAUUUUUUCACAAACCUGGGAUUUAUUCAUCCUGAACUUUUCAAUAUUCUUCCUUGUACUUUCAACAAACAGGAAUCUAUUCAGUAUCUAGCGCCACCCUUUGAGGAAAUAUUUGAUCUUUACCAUGAUUGUAAAGAAAAAAAGGAUGUUAAGGUUUAUCAUAUAAACGGUUGUGGACCAACCCUUGAGCUCUGCAAGCAUCAGGAUAUGCCUGGAAGUCGGCUGCAGGGGGACAAAACAUAUCAUUUCUUCCAUGCUAACUUUGAGGUGUUUUGGGAAUAACGUGGUGUACUGAAACUUGAUGGUAUAUACUUCUGUAAAGUAUAUCCUGGAUUAAGUAAACUGGAAUAUUUUGGUAUUGAAGAAACGGUUACUGCAGUAUCAUGGGAUAGGGAAACUGUUACUUCAGUCACAAGGAAUAUACUGCUGUAUCUUGGUAUUUAAAACGCUUACUGGAUAAAGAAAUUGCUACUGAAGUAGCUUAAAAUGGUAAAACUAUUAGUUGAACGACUGUGAAGUAGCUGCAGCAUAUUGGAUAACGAAACUAUCACUACUACUGGAAUAAGAAAGCAUUUAUACUACAGUCGCUUUUUGCAAAGCAACGAUUUCAACUCGAGCUUGGGGGAACAAAAUUGUUACUGCACAUCAGUAAAUCAAUAACAUCUUUCUAGGGGGGCUGAGCCCCCCCCCCUGAGAAAAAUUAAAGCCCCCCUCCCUGAAAAAUGCCUGGGUCGCAACAGUUACCUUGGUAUCUAGGGAAUAUUGAAACGGCUACUGCGUCACCCGGAUUCUUGUCAGUCAUCUUCAAUUGAAAU